UCACUUCACCCUCGUCUUCUCUUUCUCUCUCUAUAUGUGUAUAUACACACGCUGUAUCUAUAUCCGUAGCUUAGAUUAGUUGCUGGUAUUGGUAUUAGGCUAUACGUAGUUAAUUAAUACAGUACAUACUGCUUUAGUUAUACAAUCAAUAAAUACAUUGCAGUUUCCGUGUAUUGAUUCUCGAUCUUAUGUCAUAUCACAACGGUUUCGGACGCAUCGCCCUCUUGAUCUCCGAUCGGGAGCUUUACGUCGGCGCCGGAGGGAAUCAAAUCGGAGUGGGGGACUUGAAGUUGGGAUUUCUGCCUCGUGAGCGGUGUCGCUUUAGAGAUCGGCGAUUUGCGGGAUCGCAUUUGCUGAAAUGAGCUGAUUUUGAGCUGGUUUUGUUUUGCGGUUUUGUGUGUUUGUGGAAUCGGGUGAUAGUUUGGUUGGUUUGUGUUUGAGUAGAUGAAUCCACUGUGCUGCAUUGCUCCGGUGUCGAUUGAGAAGGAUCGGGGGAAUCAGACGGCGGUGAAGCCUCCUCCGCAAACGCAAUCGCAGUGUCAGCUAGGGUUUGAGAGUGCAGCAGCAGUGAGGCCUGUUGGAUUCGGUUCGAAACCCAGCUUUUCGAAUGCGCAGGUCGCUUCUCUAGCUACUAGUGACUCGGAUUUGGCGGUUAGCCAUGAUAGGGAUGACAAUGUGGUUGAUUUGCGUGAAACCAAAGUGUACAGUAGUGGGAAUGGUGGAGCGUGUGUGGCUGGAGUACUGUACAAGUGGGUGAACUACGGGAAGGGGUGGAGAGCGAGAUGGUUUGUGCUAGAAGACGGAGUUUUGUCGUACUACAAGGUUCACGGGCCGGAUAAGAUUGUGAUGAGUCCCGGGAGAGAGAAAGGUCUCAAGGUGAUCGGAGAGGAGUCCUGGAGAUAUAUGAGGAAGGCUAAUGGAAGCAAUCAUCGACUUUCUGGAUCUUCAAGGCAGUGGAAACCGUUUGGGGAAAUUCAUUUAAAGGUUUCAUCAGUUCGAUCAAGCAAGUCAGAUGACAAAAGGCUUUCUAUAUUCACAGGGACAAAGACACUUCAUUUGCGCUGUCUAUCCAGAGAGGAUAGAACUACAUGGAUUGAUGCUCUCUUGGUUGCUAAAGAUCAAUUUCCACGGAUGUUGACAAGUGGUGAUUUUGCCCUUUCUGAAGAUUUUGUUGUUUCAACUGAGAAACUACGGACUAGGUUGCUGCAAGAAGGGAUUGGUGAGGCUGUGAUAAAAGAUUGUGAGGCUAUCCUGGAAUGUGAACUUGGUGACCUGCAACGGAAGUUAAAGGGCCUUCAUCUUAAUCAUAUGAUGUUGCUGGAAACAUUGAGACAGUUAGAGGCUGAAAAAAUCGAAUUGGAAACAACUGUUGUAGAUGAAACAAAAGAACGGGAGUCUUGCUGUGGACAAGGGAACAGAAGAUUUAGUGAUUUUUAUUCUAUCAUGUCAGAGGGCAGUGCAACUGACUCAGAUGCUGACAAUGAAAGUCGCUAUGGAGUAGAUGUUGAGACAGAUGAGGAGGAUAUCACUUUUUUUGAUACAAAUGAUUUUCUGUCUUCUGAAGCUAUGAGAAGUGCUUCCUAUCGAAGUAGAGAAGCUCGUCUUUCUUUGACAAAUGACGAUGAAUCUUUCUUUUCUGGUCGAAUCAGAGAAGUUGGAAUGGAAAUAAAGGCAAUAAAAUAUCCUUAUGUCAAAAGAAGGGAUAGUCUUCCAGAACCAAAGGAAAAAGAGAAGCCAGUUGGCUUAUGGUCAAUCAUCAAGGAUAAUAUAGGGAAAGACCUGUCUGGCGUGUGUCUACCUGUUUACUUCAAUGAACCACUUUCUUCAUUGCAGAAAUGCUUUGAAGAUUUGGAAUACUCACACUUGGUUGACCAGGCACUUGAGUGGGGAAAGCAGGGCGACGAUUUGAUGAGAAUCCUCAAUAUUGCUGCUUUUGCUGUUUCUGGUUAUGCAUCCACCGAAGGCCGGCAAUGCAAACCUUUCAAUCCUUUACUUGGGGAGACCUAUGAGGCAGACUAUCCAGAUAAAGGACUGAGGUUCUUCUCUGAAAAGGUGAGUCAUCAUCCUAUGGUUGUUGCCUGUCAUUGUGAGGGAAGAGGGUGGAAAUUCUGGGCAGAUUCUAAUCUUAAAGGCAAGUUUUGGGGUCGCUCGAUUCAGCUCGAUCCAGUGGGGAUUUUAACCUUGCAAUUUGAAGAUGGUGAGACAUUCCGAUGGAGCAAGGUCACUACGUCAAUAUAUAAUAUAAUAAUUGGCAAAAUCUAUUGUGACCAUUAUGGCACCAUGCGCAUCCAAGGCAGUAGUAAAUAUUCCUGCAUGCUCAAAUUCAAGGAGCAGUCUAUUAUAGACCGAAAUCGUCAUCAGGUCCAUGGCUUUGUGCAAGACAACCGAACUGGGGAGAAGGUGGCGAUGUUACUGGGGAAGUGGGACGAAGCAUUGUAUUAUGUAUUGGGAGAUCCAACUACAAAAUCAAAGGGAUAUGAUCCAAUGGAGGAUGCCAUAUUGUUAUGGGAAAGGGACAAGUCUCUUACAAAGACAAGAUAUAACCUCACUCCUUUUGCAAUAUCAUUAAAUGAAUUGACGGCUGGCCUGCGGGAGAAACUACCACCCACUGAUUCAAGGCUGAGACCAGAUCAGAGGCACUUGGAAAAUGGGGAAUAUGAACUGGCUAAUGCUGAGAAGCUCAGGCUCGAACAAUUGCAGAGACGGGCUAGGAAAUUGCAAGAGAGAGGUUGGCAACCAAGAUGGUUCCGCAAAGAUGAGGAUGGACAUUACCAGUAUGUUGGUGGAUACUGGGAAACGAGGGAGAAACAUAAUUGGGAAGGCAUCCCCGAUAUAUUUGGGCAGACCGUCGAUCUCCCUCCAGGUACAGAUGAACAUAAUAAUGCUUGUUAGGAAUCAGUUGCCUCUCUUGCAACAUUAGGAAUCAAAAUCAAUAUCUUCAGCUGUCUUGCUCUGCACUGCUUAUACCACUUCUACGUUGAUGAUAUGCUUAAAUGAUUUGUACUCUCAAAAGGGUUAGAGCAUGUAUCAUGACAUUUCUUGGUAAAGUAAAAUAUUGGGGUGAUAUGAAAAUGAAAAUAUCAUAUAUUUUGCUUCAUUUGGUGCAAAUCAAGUAUUUAGGCUAGUUGUAUUUCA